CGGUGGUUUAAAGAUGGCGGCUGCAGCGGCGGCGGCGUUUGGGGCGCGGAGCCGCGGGAGGAGGAGGGAAAAGCAGAAUCUGUGAGUCGCCUGGAGGCAGUGCGGCGGCUGCCGUGAGGAGUCCGGGUGCGGAGCCGCCGGCGCCCCAGCCGCUCAGGGCCAGGGUCUGGGCUGGGAGGGAGAGGCCAGAGCAGCGCCAGGAGCCCGAGGCCGGAGUCGAGGAGGAAUGUGACCAGGGGUCGGCGGGGGCGCGGGAGUACGCGAGAGCAGGGAUGGGGCAGCAGGUGGGCCGCGUCGGGGAGGCUCCGGGGCUCCAGCAGCCUCAGCCCCGCGGGAUCCGGGGCAGCAGUGCAGCCAGGCCCUCCGGCCGCAGGCGGGACCCGGCGGGGCGCACCACAGAGACCGGCUUCAAUAUCUUCACGCAGCAUGAUCACUUUGCCAGCUGUGUGGAGGAUGGAUUUGAGGGAGACAAGACUGGAGGCAGUAGUCCAGAAGCUUUGCAUCGUCCCUAUGGUUGUGAUGCUGAACCCCAGGCACUAAAUGAAGCUAUCAGGUGGAGCUCCAAGGAGAACUUGCUUGGAGCCACCGAGAGUGACCCUAAUCUCUUCGUUGCACUUUAUGAUUUUGUAGCAAGUGGUGAUAACACACUCAGCAUCACUAAAGGUGAAAAGCUACGAGUUCUUGGUUACAACCAGAAUGGCGAGUGGAGUGAAGUUCGCUCUAAGAAUGGGCAGGGCUGGGUGCCAAGCAACUACAUCACCCCAGUGAACAGCCUGGAAAAACACUCCUGGUACCAUGGACCUGUGUCACGCAGUGCAGCUGAGUAUCUGCUCAGCAGUCUAAUCAAUGGCAGCUUCCUGGUGCGAGAAAGUGAGAGUAGCCCUGGGCAGCUGUCCAUCUCACUCAGGUACGAGGGACGUGUGUAUCACUACAGGAUCAACACCACCGCAGAUGGCAAGGUAUAUGUGACUGCUGAGAGCCGCUUCAGCACCUUGGCAGAGCUUGUACACCAUCACUCCACAGUGGCUGAUGGGCUGGUGACAACAUUACACUACCCAGCACCCAAGUGUAAUAAGCCUACGGUCUAUGGUGUGUCCCCCAUCCACGACAAAUGGGAAAUGGAACGAACAGAUAUUACCAUGAAGCACAAACUUGGGGGCGGUCAGUAUGGAGAGGUUUAUGUUGGCGUCUGGAAGAAAUACAGCCUUACAGUUGCUGUGAAAACAUUGAAGGAAGAUACGAUGGAGGUAGAAGAGUUCCUAAAAGAAGCUGCAGUAAUGAAGGAAAUCAAGCAUCCUAAUCUGGUACAACUUUUAGGUGUCUGUACUUUGGAGCCACCGUUUUACAUUGUGACUGAAUACAUGCCAUAUGGGAAUUUGCUGGAUUACCUCCGAGAAUGCAACCGAGAAGAGGUGACUGCAGUUGUGCUUCUCUACAUGGCCACUCAGAUUUCUUCUGCAAUGGAGUACUUAGAGAAGAAGAAUUUCAUCCAUAGAGAUCUUGCAGCUCGUAACUGCCUAGUGGGGGAAAACCAUGUGGUAAAAGUGGCUGACUUUGGCUUAAGUAGAUUGAUGACUGGAGACACUUAUACUGCUCAUGCUGGAGCCAAAUUUCCUAUUAAGUGGACAGCACCAGAGAGUCUUGCCUACAAUACCUUCUCAAUUAAAUCUGACGUCUGGGCUUUUGGGGUACUGUUGUGGGAAAUUGCUACCUAUGGAAUGUCACCAUAUCCAGGUAUUGACCUGUCUCAGGUCUAUGACCUACUAGAAAAAGGAUAUCGAAUGGAACAGCCUGAGGGAUGCCCCCCUAAGGUUUAUGAACUUAUGAGAGCAUGCUGGAAAUGGAGCCCUGCCGAUAGGCCCUCUUUUGCUGAAACACACCAAGCUUUUGAAACCAUGUUCCAUGACUCCAGCAUUUCUGAAGAGGUAGCUGAGGAGCUUGGGAGAGCCGCCUCCUCGUCAUCUGUUGUUCCGUACCUGCCCCGGCUACCUAUACUUCCUUCCAAGACUCGGACACUGAAGAAACAGGUGGAGAACAAGGAGAACAUUGAAGGGGCACAGGAUGCCACAGAAAAUUCUGCUUCCAGUUUAACACCAGGGUUUAUCAGAGGUGCACAGGCCUCCAGUGGAUCCCCAGCACUGCCUCGAAAGCAAAGAGACAAGUCACCCAGCAGCCUCUUGGAAGAUGCCAAAGAGACAUGCUUCACCAGGGAUAGGAAGGGGGGCUUCUUCAGCUCCUUCAUGAAAAAGAGAAAUGCUCCCACACCCCCCAAACGCAGCAGCUCCUUCCGAGAAAUGGAGAAUCAGCCCCAUAAGAAAUACGAACUCACGGGUAACUUCUCAUCUGUUGCUUCUCUACAGCAUGCUGAUGGGUUCUCUUUCACUCCUGCCCAGCAAGAGGCGAAUCUGGUGCCACCCAAGUGCUAUGGGGGGAGCUUUGCACAGAGGAACCUCUGUAAUGACGACGGUGGUGGGGGUGGGGGCAGUGGCACUGCUGGGGGUGGGUGGUCUGGCAUCACAGGCUUCUUUACACCACGCUUAAUCAAAAAGACACUGGGCUUACGAGCAGGUAAACCCACAGCCAGUGAUGACACUUCCAAGCCUUUUCCAAGGUCAAACUCUACAUCUUCCAUGUCCUCAGGGCUUCCAGAGCAGGAUAGGAUGGCAAUGACCCUUCCCAGGAACUGCCAGAGGUCCAAACUCCAGCUGGAAAGGACAGUGUCCACCUCUUCUCAGCCAGAAGAGAAUGUGGACAGGGCCAAUGACAUGCUUCCAAAAAAAUCAGAGGAAGGUGCUGCUCCAAGCAGGGAGAGACCAAAAGCCAAGUUAUUGCCCAGAGGAGCCACAGCUCUUCCUCUCAGAACGCCCUCUGGGGAUCUAGCCAUUACAGAGAAGGACCCUCCAGGGGUGGGAGUGGCUGGAGUGGCAGCUGCCCCCAAGGGCAAAGAGAAGAAUGGUGGGACACGACUUGGGAUGGCUGGAGUUCUAGAGGAUGGAGAGCAGCCAGGCUGGCCUUCUCCAGCCAAGGCUGCCUCCGUCCUCCCAACCACUCACAACCACAAAGUGCCAGUCCUUAUCUCACCCACUCUGAAACACACUCCAGCUGACGUGCAGCUCAUUGGCACAGACUCUCAGGGGAAUAAAUUCAAGCUCUUAUCGGAGCAUCAGGUCACAUCCUCUGGAGACAAGGACCGACCCCGACGGGUAAAACCAAAGUGUGCCCCACCCCCACCACCAGUGAUGAGACUACUGCAGCAUCCGUCCGUCUGCUCAGACCCUACAGAAGAGCUGACUGCCCCGACUGCAGGACAGUCCACGUCAGAAACACAGGAAGGAGGAAAGAAGGCAGCUCUGGGUGCAGUGCCUGUCAGUGGGAAAGCUGGGAGGCCAGUGAUGCCUCCACCUCAAGUGCCUCUGCCCACAUCUUCCAUCUCGCCAGCCAAAAUGGCCAACGGCACAGCAGGUACUAAAGUGGCUCUGAGAAAAACCAAACAGGCCAGUGAGAAAAUCUCAGCAGACAAAAUCAGCAAAGAGGCCCUGCUGGAAUGUGCUGACCUACUGUCCAGUGCAAUCACGGAACCUGUGCCCAACAGCCAGCUGGUAGACACUGGACACCAGCUGCUCGACUACUGCUCAGGCUAUGUGGACUGCAUCCCUCAAACUCGCAACAAAUUUGCCUUCCGAGAGGCUGUGAGCAAACUGGAACUAAGCCUUCAGGAGCUACAGGUGUCCUCAGCAGCUGCUGGUGUGCCCGGGGCAAACCCUGUCCUUAAUAACUUAUUGUCAUGUGUACAGGAAAUCAGUGAUGUGGUGCAGAGGUAGCCACUGUUAGCCUGGUGGGAAAAUGCACACAUUUCUGAGGGGAGAGGGAAAGGGACUUGUUUUCCUGUGUUCUUGUUUUCAGAAAAUGAAAGACUCAUACUUGGGUGUAUUUAUGUGAAGUACCUCAGAUCCCUGAGUUCUCACGUUUACAGUUUCAUCUCAAAAAUAAGAAGCAAACCACAUAAGUAUAGGAGAGGUAAAUUAAGUGGGGGCGAGGCAGUAGUGGACAGGGUUGGAAACUGCACUGGAAAAUAGGGAACAUGUGUAUGUCAUAAGGAAGACAAUGCAGCCCAUCCCUACCUGGGAUGCUGGGAGGUGCUAGGCAGGGCUGCUCUCAGCAAGACCGCAGCAGCUGUGCCCAGACUUGGGGCUCUGGUAGGUACUUAUGGUGAUUAUGCUCCAGUUUACCUAAUGAAUUUGGUGGGACAGAAGAAAGGAAAGCUGGGAAUAUACCCAGAGAAAUUUUUGUUCAGGGCUGUUGGAAGCAGAUGUUAGCCUUGCUUGCUUCCACAAGGCCAUUGCUGCUGUAAUAAGAACUGCAAAUCAGAGUGCUACAACACAAAACUGGGAAAUGUGGCCCUAUCUGAAUGCCUCUGUCCUGUUUUCCGCUGGUGUAUUAGUGCAGGAAGUAAAGAAUGCUGGAAAGUUGAAGCAGGGGAUUGAAAACCUUCUGAAAUCUUACACAGAUUAGCAGAAGUCACUUCUCCCAGUCUGGUAUAUUAUUUCAUAAUGGACCAGGAUCGGCUUCCUGCUUGGUGGUGGCUCUCUGUAAACCAUAAGUACAGGGGUCUCCCUCGUGGUUCUUCUCUGUCUUUUGCUGGGCAGGCUGUCUUCCUUUAUUCCUGGUAGCAUUCAGAGCAUUAACCAGUGUUGAUUUUGAAAAUGGUAGUCCCUACAGAUUCUCACAAGGGAGUGAAUCCUGUUCGGAUACAGUUCCCCUGCAUACUGACAUACUGGCCAAGGACUUGAGCAGCUGUGUAUUUUUCUUUAUCAACUAAAAUACCAGGGAGAUAGUCUUUUCUUGAAACCCAGUGACCUGUGACUGAGAGGAAAAGCUGACUUGGUCCUAAUGGCUGUUUCUCUACCUUUCCCCUCCCUUAUCACCUUAAGCCCAAUCUAGGUAGAGAAUAGGGAGAGGCAUGCUCCUCUGUGUGGAUUUGAAGUGAAUCACCCCCACGUUAUUCUCAUGUGCUUUUCUUCUCACAUAUUCCUCCCUACCCCCCACCCAAUCAUUGUGUUUAUUUGUACAGAUCUUAUUGGGAAUAUUCUUUAUUUAUUUUGUCAUUUCACUUCUAUUUUAAGAAUGCAUAAUUGGAGAGUAGUCAUUUUCAGGGAGCACCAGUUAGACCUUGGGAACCUAAUGACUUAGUCCUUAAAUAUGUUUUGCCCUUGAAAAAUAGGCCUUUUUCCUUCUCUACUUAGUUGUAAUUGUGGAAGCUAAUUAGGAUGGCAUGGAAGUGAAUCUAAUGAGUUAGGUAUUAUUAAUGUUCUUGGUAUCGGGUCUAAUUCCAAUUACUGCUUCAUACUCUUUUUAGAACUUUAUGAAUACUUCCCCCAUCCUCCCCAAGGAGAGCUCAAUACACACGUAUUUUUAUUUUAUUCUUUCAAAGGAAUAUUAGCUUAGGAAGAUAGGAAUUCAACAUUGAGCAGUGAGUUUUCUUCCUGGCUCUGUCACUGAUACAGUGUCAAACCACAGCCCCAUCUCUUAAUCUAUUCAAUUAAGGUAAUAGUGCAUGUUCUCAAGGGUGUUGCAAGUAAGUGUACAGCUAUCCCUUUGAGAGCCUCUCUGGAAAGCUCUUUCAGUGCAGUGUUGUCAUGCUGAAUGGUUUUUCAUUCUCUUAUUUGCUGAGUAGAAAAUAUUAAUGAAAUUAAGAAUUGCUGAGAUUGUAUUGAUUGGGCUGGAAUACUAAGGGGGAAACUAUGUUUUGAAUUGAUUUGGCAUUUUUGACCAAGAACAAAAUUGAGUUUUCAUUGGAAAGAAAGGAAACCUUGAUUCUUACCAUUGCUGCUCCAAAGGAGGCUCAGGUUAAGAAGAUGAGAGGAGACAAGCGGUGCUGGGCAUUCCUGGCAGGUGUUGGGUGAUCCCCGCAGUAUGUCGCCUGCAGCUGCAGCACAGGCAGCUAGUGAUCGGGUUCAUGUCCUCGUAGUGGUUGGAAGAGAACUCAGAUGUGAAAACCAGCCGUCCUUUUCCCACCUUCUUUCCUGCCAUUCUCGCUCAUCAUACUUGUCCAUAAACUUGAAGAACUCGUUUUAGCAGUUAGCCUUUUAAGGUCGAGGAUGGGAAAGCUAAAACUUCAGAACGUUAUUAUGCUGCUUUUUAGGUUUAUCCCUGUUGUUGUGGGAUGCAAGUUAAGGGAUUAUAAUUGUUUUUCAGGGUUUUUUUGUUCUUUGUUUUUUAAGCGAGGGCUCUAUUUUCCCUUGAGAGUUCUGGAAAUAAGCCUUGGAGGAACACUACUGAGUGUAUUUAGGCUCCCUGGUUUUCUCCCCCAAUAACAAUCUGAAGGGUAGGGGGUGGGGGCUGUGUCUUACUCAGGGGCAGCACCUAGCUCUGUCUUGCCUACAGUGGGUGCAUAAUACAUAAAUGGAAUUGAUUUUUGUCAACACUGUCAAGAGUGGCAUUGACUGUUGGAGCACACCCCGUCCACAUGAUGCUUGAACUAUGUAACUUCAGGGGUUGCGGGCUCAAGGUUCAGGUUAAAGAGGCACUGUCAACUUACUCUACAAGCAUAAUUUAGGUUUUUCCUUUUUCUACUUGAAAAGGACCAGCGUAAACACAAACCCUUAUGUAAAUUAAAAGGUUUGAAUCCAAAGCAGAGAAAACUGCUUCUAGAAACUAAAAGUGUAGUUUAAUUUUAACUAUUCUAAAAGCAGUGAGAAAAGGCCCACGUACAAGGCAUUGACAGUUUCUAACGUGGUUACGCUGCACUGCUUGAUUCCUUUCAUGUACAGAUAAUAUUUUUUCAGUUUAGAUUUCCUACUUUAAAAUGCCGUGAUUUGUGUUGAAUGCAUCUUGAUUGUGCUUUACCUAAAGUAUUUUCUUAAAAGGCUUUGUGUAAAAUUUAAAUGUAUAUAUUUUCCUGUAGACUUCCAUCAUGAUUUUCAGAGAUUAGCCUUAAAAAAUUUGGCCCUAAGAAAUUCAUUCAGUGUUUUUCCAGAUGACCUCUGUACAUAGAGGUCGUUAUAGUGGAGACCCUUUACCAGCAGCAUUUUAGGAUUUAAGUUAGAUGGAGAGUUUCUUAGGAUUCAACUGAAAGUUGGCCAGUAAAAUAUUUCCCAGGUAAUAAAGCAUGCUGACUUUACUAAGGCACUGCCCAUUUUUGUUUAACUAAAAUCAUGGAGAUUUUGAGUUUAAAGGAUGCAGUAUAGAUAGUGGUUUAGUGUUUAGGCUCUAAUGCCGGUCUAAAAGGCAAGUCAUUUAACCUUGGGAGCCCCAGUUUCCUCACUGUAAAACAGGGAUAAUAAUAGUAACUACCUCAGGGUUGUUGUAAGGAUUAAAUGAGAUAAUAUUUGUAAGAUACUUAGCUCAAGUGCCUGGCACACAAUGAGCACACUCUAUAAAUGUUAAACUGCUACUACUAUUACUAACACCCAGUCUAGGGAUGCACAGCAGGAUCCCCUAGGG